AUGAUGGGAGGAGGAGGAGGGGGUAUGAGCACGGAGUUCUUCCUGGUGCCGACCCCGUCGCCCCCGCGGCUGGUGACGGCCCCCCCGGCCCAGGGGCAGGGCCAGGGCAUCCUCCGCUCUGACAUGUGGGUCCUCCCGCUCCUUGUCUUCUCGGUCAUCACGAUGCUCCUCAUAGCCAUCUUCGAGGUGUUCGUAGUGCUGAAGACUUACAGGACGACCCCCUCCCGAAGACACCUGUUCCUCGGGCAGAUGCUGCUGCUGGGCCUGUUCCUGUGCUCGGCCGUGUCCGCCCUCCUCACCGCCCAGCCGACGGUGCUCACCUGCGCUGCCGUGCGGCUCGGCGCGGGGCUCUCCUAUACCUUAGUCUUCUCCACGCUCCUUGUGAAAUGUGUCUUCUUGAUCUCUCUCAACGGCGGUGUCUACCUACCAGCACCCUACCAAGCCCUCCUUCUUUUCUUUGCCGUCCUUAUACAGUUGGCCAUUGGUGUACAAUGGCUCAUCAAUUCACCCCCUAAAGUUGUACAGGUUGGUGGUGUAGAUGUUUGUGGAACACCUUAUCAACACUUACUCCUCUCCCUGGUGUAUGCUGUAUUCCUCAUAGCAGUUGUUGGGGUCUUAGCACUGAAGUCUCGAGGGAUUAGAGACAACUACAGGGAAGCAACAUUCAUCGGCCUAGCCACAGCAUGUGUCAUUCCUGUCUGGCUUGGAUGGGCUCUCUGUGGUCUUGUUUCGAGGUCACUUUCAGAAAUAAGCUUUAGUGAUCAAUGCAAUUUAUCUACAAAACUUAAGAUUGAAGCUAAGUGGUGCAGUAAAUCUUCUGAUACUCAGUUCAAAGAAAAUGAAGGAAAUAAGUUUUAUAUUUUAUCCAUGUUUCCUUAUCCUUCUGGUAAUUUGCAUAUGGGCCAUGUUCGAGUCUACACAAUUAGUGAUGUUUUGGCCAGAUAUUAUAGAAUGAAAGGUAAAAAUGUUCUUCAUCCAAUAGGUUUUGAUGCUUUUGGACUUCCAGCUGAAAAUGCUGCAAUCAUCAAUAAACUUGAUCCAAGUGAAUGGACUUAUAGCAAUAUUUCAACCAUGAAAACGCAGCUUAAACAACUUGGAUUCACCUUUGAUUGGGAUAGAGAAGUUGUUACGUGCUCAGAAAAUUACUACAAGUUCACUCAGUAUUUAUUUUUGUUGCUACAAAAAGCAGGUUUAGUGUAUAGAAAAGAGUCUGUAGUUAAUUGGGACCCUGUUGAUAAAACAGUAUUAGCGGAGGAACAAAUUGAUUCUUUUGGCAAGUCUUGGAGGUCUGGUGCUGUGGUAGAAAAAAAAAUUAUGAAACAAUGGUUUUUGCGUACAACUCGUUUUGCUUCAGCUCUUAAAGAUGGUUUAAAUAAUCCUGAAUUACGAGAUUGGAAGGAUAUUAUUGAUCUUCAGAAACAUUGGAUUGGAGAAUGUAAUGGAGCAAACAUUGAUUUUGAUCUUUUUAAAGAAAACCAAAAAUGUGAAACGCUCACUUUAUGGUUGCGGUAUCCUGAACACAUAUCAAAAGCCAAGUUUAUUGCAGCAUCAACGUCUAGUAUUUUUGCAUUAAAAAACAAUUGCACUGGUAAAUUGAAUUAUGAAGCCAUGAAUCCUUUCAACAAUAAAAAACUUCCUGUAUUUAUUUCGGAUGAAUUGGAAUAUGAUGAAGGGUGUGAUCUUAAAUUAGGGAUUCCAUCUUUGUCUGAAUCAGAUAAAUCAUUUGCUUUGAAAUAUAACAUAAAUAUUACUGAUGAAGAAUUUUGUGAAGACUUUGAAAAACGACUUCAAAUAUGUCGUCUAGCCAUUGAUGCGGAAAGGGGAGGUUAUUUUGUGAGUUCCAAACUACGUGAUUGGUUAAUUUCUCGUCAAAGACGUUGGGGAACACCCAUACCUAUUAUUCAUUGCAAGGAAUGUGGCAGUUUACCAGCCAGAGAAGAAGAUCUGCCUAUUUUGGUAUCGAGAUCACCAAAAACUACUUGCCACAAAUGUAAAAAUCCAGCUGAUUUUGAAACUGAUACAAUGGAUACAUUUGUGGAUUCAUCUUGGUAUUUUCUUAGAUACACCGACCCUUCCAAUCAAUCGAAACCAUUUUCUGUACCUAAAGCUAAUGAACUUAUGCCUGUUAACAUUUAUAUUGGUGGGAAAGAACAUGCUGUCCUUCACUUAUACUAUUCUCGUUUUAUGAGUUACUUUUUACAUUCUAUUAACUUACUGAAAGAACCAGAGCCAUUUCAUCGACUUUUAGUUCAGGGUAUGAUUCUGGGUAAAACGUAUUAUUUGAAAGAUUCUGGAAAAUGUUUAAGGGAAGAAGAAGUGGAAAAAUGUGACAAUGGUAUAGUUGAAAAGUCGUCUGGUUUAGAAGUAAACGAAGUUUGGGAAAAAAUGUCAAAAUCAAAAUUUAAUGGUAUUGAACCAGAAAGUGUAAUAAAGGAGUAUGGAGUUGAUACUACGAGAUUACUUGUUCUAUCUCAGGCUGCACCAACAUCUCCUAGGCAGUGGGAUCCAUCAAGUUUUGCUGGUGUGCUCAAUUGGCAGCAAAGGAUAUGGUCAUUACUGGCCGAUUUCCUUGAUGCUAGAGAAAAUGAAUUUGGGGAUUACGAUUCAAAACAAGAAAAUGAUCUUUGGGACGCACGAAAUUUUUAUAUAAAAGGAACUUCAUUCAAUUUUGAAGAAGCCCAUCAAUUUAAUGUUGCUAUAUCUAAACUUCAAGGACUCACUAAUUCAUUAAAAAAGUGUAAAAAAACUGUUAUGGCUAAUAGUCCUCAAUUCGAAUUGUGCUUGGCUUCGUUGAUCAUUAUGUUGUAUCCACUUGCUCCUCAUUUUUCCUGCCAGUUAUGGGAAGGAAUCCAGUCAGCAGCCAACAGAAUAGAUGUUGGAAGUUAUGUGAAUUGGGAACUGCCUGUCUAUAAACAAAAAUGGCCACAAUUGGAUGAUGACUACCCAUUAGAAUUUCAUUGCAAGAUCAAUAAUGCUGUCAAAGGAACUAUUAAAGUGCCUGUGCAUAAGUUAUACAAAUAUACUGAGAAGGAUGCUUUGAAUGUUGCUCUUGCCCAAAAGAAAGUAUCUUCAUUCCUAAAAGGUCGUGAUAUUCUGGAUUACAGCUAUUCAUUUGUUGAGAACCGCGAAGCAUCAGUCAAUAUUGUUAUUGAUCAUUAUCAAAAGAAAAAAGCUAUUGAUUCUCAGGCAUAG